AUGGUGGGACCGCUAGGGCAAUACCGCUCUGGACCCCUCCAAACCGAGCCGCCAUCAGCCUUUCCAGCCUCAUUUCCCGUCGAGAUCGAGUGGGGAUUGGGCAAUGAGCUUCUGAUCUGCGCGCCCGCCGCAUCUGUCGCCGCGUCCGACGGCGCGAUUCCAGGAAGGUCGGACGACCGGCAUGAUGACGUGGCGGGACGCGGGUCGGCCGUCGUCAGCGUGACGUGGGCCGACACGUCAUCGUUCCACCGGCAGAUCGCCGCGGGGGUGUCGUCGUUGUACGGGCGACUGCAGGCGGCGAUUGCGGUGGAAAUGGCGGAGGAAGCGGAAGACGCGGAAAUCGACGAGCUGCGCGAGAGAUGGCGACACGUCAGCAGGUGGUCUCGCCACGUCAGCAGGCUCCUCUCUCCUCCGUCCGCCCACUCCACGCUGGCAGCUGCGCGCGCCUCCCCCCACUCCCUCGGGAUCUCCGCCGCUGACCCUUUUGCAGCGAUAGACGCUGAGGAGGAGUGGGACGACGAGUCUGUGCCACGUGGCAUCAGCCAGGGUGAGCUGGCAGCCGUCUGGGACCUCCUCCGCCUCUGCUUCCUUCCCGACCACACACCUGGCGCUGCUGACGUGGACAGUGACAUGGACACUCGCAUGGGUGGUGGUGCUGACGUGGACACUGUGAGUGGAACCAUUGUUUCGAUUUCCGCUCAAGUAAUCAUUCCCAUCUCUUACUCCUCUCCGCCGUCCUCCUUUCCGCCCCCCCUGCCUCGUUCCUCUGCUGCUGCUUCAUCCCACGCCUGUCAGCACUUCGUCCCUCUCCUCCUUUUCUCUGCUCCCUCACACGUUUUAUUUUUUCUACUCUUCUCACCGCCUCCCGUUGCUGCUCCAGCUCUUUUUUUGCACCCUCCUUCCCCGUCCCUCAGACACUCCCCCAACCCAUUUGCUUCUUUGGUCGCACAAUACAACGCAUCGCUCCCUCCUUGCAACACGUCCACGUCAGCACGCCUCCGGUCCUUGCGGGAUCAAAUGAGCCAAUCAGAGGUGAGCGGGCAGCUUUUCUCGGGUUCCUUAUGGAUCGACUGA